CUCACAUGUUCCUUAUGCGUAAUAGUAAAUACACGUGCACAGUGCAAUAGGAAAUCGCUUUGAUGGAUAGAGUUUUUAUAAUUGUCAGUUUAUUACUGACGAUAUGCACUUUUGGAAAAACUCAAUCUAUAGAUGGCGAAUGUGCAUUUCAACUAACUGGUUCAGGAAGAACUAGUUUUUUUGAUUUUAAUACUAAUACAUUAAGAGGUGGUCCACUUGGUUUUGGUCUACCAGGUCAAUGUAUCACAUAUGAAGCAGUCAACCAAGCAUAUAUAGAUGCCAGAAAAAGAAUAAAUGUGGCACAAACAAAUAAAGACAAGUGGACGCCUCAAGAGUUGGCAUCUGUUGGCGAACUAUUGUUGGAUAUAUCCAUACAAUUGACUAAAAACUAUGGACUUUCAUACGAAGAAGUUGAAAAAGGAUUGCCUCAAAUAGAUACAUCGAGAACUUUGAUCAGAGAGGUGUGUCCGGCGUUCUUAUCCAACGUCGAGUGCAGACCGGGCAAGUACAGGAGAUAUGAUGGUCUAUGUAAUAACGUUAAGCAUCCGACGUGGGGAGCUAGCAAUACGCCUUUUUCGAGACUAGUCGGACCGUUGUUUUCCGACGGCAUGAGUGGACCAAAAGUCAGCAGCCUCAGAAAUCGAGAUCUACCACCAGCUAGAGUAGUGUCUAGUACAAUGCACCCCGACGAAGGAUAUCACGAACACGCGGCUACCGUUAUGUUGGUCGCUUUUGGUCAGUUUAUGGAUCACGAUUUCACACUCAUGGGAACGCCUGCUGAUCCAAUUACAAAGAAUGAACCAGAAGAAUGCUGUAAUCGACCUCCACAUUUAAAACAUCCGUACUGUAAUGAAAUUUCCGUUCCUGAUAACGAUUACUUCUAUAGUAAAUUCAAUGUAAAAUGUAUCGAUUUUGUACGAGCUUUUCCAUCUGUACGACCAGGAUGUCGCUUAGGUUCAAGAGUACCAUUCAAUACCCUGACUGGUGUAAUCGAUGCAAAUACAGUUUACAGUGUUACUGAAGAUUAUGCCAGACAUCUAAGAGCUGGUUAUGGAGGUUUACUUCGCAUGAAUCCAGCGUUUAUUGAUCACGGACUAAAAGAUUUGUUGCCAUUGAGACUUAAAGAUCCAGACGAAGGAUGUACUAGAUUAAACCGUUCGCAAUAUUGUUUUGAUGCUGGAGAAGUUAGAGUAAAUGAACAACUCGUACUUGCUACUAUGCAUACAAUUUGGGCAAGAGAACAUAAUAGAAUAGCAAAAGAGUUUAGUAGAAUUAAUCCACAUUGGGAUGACGAAACUGUUUUCCAAGAAGCAAGACGAAUCGUUAUAGCAGAAAUUCAGCACAUAACUUAUAACGAGUUUUUGCCUACGUUACUUGGAAAAGGAGUUAUGGAAAAAUUUGGACUACUGUUACAAAAAGAAGGUUAUUGGGAUGGUUAUGAUCCAAAUGUUAACCCCAACAUCCUAUCCGAAUUUUCAGCAGCAGCUCUUAGAAUUGGACACACAUUUUUACCGACUUCAAUUGAAAGAUGGAGUAAAGCUCACAAAUUCAUUGCUUCUAAAAAAUUGUCCGAUCUCAUCCGCCGUCCAUACGAUUUGUAUAGAGCUGGAGUUCUCGACGAGUAUAUAAUGGGUUUAACUAAUCAAGUGGCUCAAGCUAUGGAUGAUUCAAUAACACAGGAAGUCACGAAUACAUUGUUCAAAAAACCAGGUAAUCGGUUUGGAGUAGAUUUAGUAGCAUUUAAUAUCCAAAGAGGCAGAGAUUUUGGAUUACCUGGAUUUAUGGAAUAUAGAAAAUUUUGUGGAUUACCAGCAUCUGACUUAUUCCAAAGUUUGUCUGGUGAUAUGCCUAAUUCCACUAUACAUCGAUAUUCAACAAUAUACGACUCUCCAGAAGAUGUAGAUUUAUGGUCUGGUGGUGUAUCCGAAAAACCAUUACCAGGAAGCAUGGCAGGUCCAGUUUUUUCUUGUAUUUUAGCCACUCAAUUUAGUUAUGCCAGAAGAGGUGAUCGUUUUUGGUAUGAACUGCCAAAUCAACCAUCUUCGUUUACUCCAGAUCAACUUCGUGAAAUCCGGAAAGCUAGAUUAGCCCGAGUGUUAUGUGACAAUACUGAUUUGAUUGACACUAUUCAAUUAUGGCCAAUCGUUUUACCUGAUCAUGAAAUAAACCCUCGAGUACCAUGCCGCAGUGGAAUUAUUCCAUCAGUAAACCUUAAUAAAUGGGCUGAUUUUCCGACGUCAUAAAAUAUGAAGUUUAUUCAAUUCUGAUUAAAUACCACCUAUCAUAUAAUACACAGAAUGGCAUAAUAUUCUAAAUAUUGAAUUAAAAUUAAUGACAUAUAUUUCAGUGAUUACUGUAUGAUGUAUUGGUAAUUUUAUAAUCACUUAAGCAUUCAUUUUUUUUUUUUU